AUGGCGCUCUCUACGAACGCUGCGUUAUUCUCUAUCCUCUUAUCUGGCUAUGCAUCAGCAACGACGAUGCAUAGCUUUGUAUCAGAUUCCGAGUCCGCAUUGACGUCCUUGACGCUUUCGGGUCCAGCAUCACUUCCCGAUACUGCCUCGUCUACUCUCAAUCCCGCAUUGGCAAGUUUCAGUAUCGAAACUGCUUUCUUUGUCGAAUAUGUCGGGAAUUCAUCCUCACCCAACGAACUCACGAGGAACCUGUUUCAAAAUAUCAAAGACAGAACUGGAAUCGCAGGUGAAGUACGGAUUGGUGGCAUCACAGCCGAUUCGACUUUCUGGGACCCGUCCUUGGAUGUACCUCUGUAUAACUUCAUUGAGUCCUCGGGUACUCUCGUUAAUACGACAAUUGGCCCGCAAUUUUGGGAAUCUGUUAAGCUGAUGCCCGAGACCACCAAAAUCAUCAUGACUCUGGACUUAGAAAGCUUGAAUUAUACCGGUGCUUUAAGUGUCGCUGAAGCUGCCUGGCAUGGCUUAGAUCCUGCUACACAGAUUUUAUCUUUCGAGAUUGGUAAUGAGCCGGACCAGUAUUAUCUUGAUUUCGAUGCAGAGAACUACACUGCAAUUUGGGAGCCUUGGUCCGUCAACAUAUCCAAAGCUUUGGACAUCAACAAGCCUGAAUUUCAACUCUGUGCCACGGCCAUUGACCCCUUGUGGCCAUAUAACACUACGCAGGCUGAGGACCAGUUUAAUUGCGUUACCGCUUUAGCGGCAGGAGCAGAUGAUGGAAAUACUGUACUAACGUGCAGCGAGCAUACAUACCAGUAUAGUGUGUGCGAUCCCACCAGGGCGGCUGUCGCGACAUUGCCAAAUCUCGUUAAUCAUACUCGCCUGGCUCAGUAUCUGGACUUAUGGCAGCCUCGCAUUCACAGUGUCCGAGAACAGCUGGGCCCUGACUCGUUUCUCAUUGGUGAAUUUAACUCGGUAUCUUGCUCUGGCCGCGCCAAUGUUAGCAAUACGUUCGGCCAAGCGAUGUGGCUGUUGGAUACUACUCUGUAUGCUGCAUCUAUCAAUGUGUCGAGGGUAUACGUGCACCAAGGUGGCCCUCUCGCACUACAAAGUUCUACUCAAUUGAAUCAUGGAGGUCUUUCCCUCUACAACCUGUGGUAUCCGGUCGAUAAUCAAAAUGGACCAAUUCAAGUAUUCCCAGCAUAUUCAGCUUACCUCUUCGUUAGCGAAGCAAUCGGAUACUCGAGGUCACUGAAAAUUGCGAACAUUUUCCCUGGUAGACAAGCCAAUGGUUCGACUAUUACCACAGCUGGUGGCGAUAUUUCUGCAGGUCAAAUAUCUGUUUACGGGUUCUGGGAUGAGCUCGAAAACCCGAAUUUGGAUUACCCAUCCAAACUAGCUCUCUUGAACUUGGAGAUUUACAACCAAACUGAGACGACUCCACGGCCCAACGUUACUAUUGAUAUUUCGGCAUUCUUGCCCUUUAAAAAUCAAGAAGUUACGUUGAGACGCCUCCAAGCACCUGGUGCAGACGUUAUGACGUCCAACUUGACAACUUGGGCUGGACAAAACUUCGCAUCGGGAGUGGCAUCUGGUCCUUUGGUAGAAGAAAUAAUCUCGACCGGGAAAGUUGAGGUCGAGGCUUCAUCUGCAGUGUUGGUUUAUUGGUAA